CCUGCCUUCUAAUUACGACAAUAUGGCAAUGCAAAAACCUUUGGCAGCUGUUGGCCUCAGUGGCAUUUCCUACGCAUUCAUUCUUCCCGCAAGGGUAGGUAGACGCAACAUCGCAUGCUCUUCCAUGGGUAUUAACUCAGAAGAUGCCCCGCCGGCGAGGAAAGUACAUAUAUCAAAGAAGCCCGUCCAGGCACUGAAAAAGGUCAAUUAUAUUGAUUUUCAACCACUUAUGGAGCCUAAUGCUAUGCAAAUGAGUGAACGUCGAACUGCAGGUUUCCUUCCUACCGUUUGGGACCCUGACCUCAUCAUCUCUUCCUCUACUGGUUACAAGGCAAGUCUCCUUAAUUAACAAAAACAUUUCUUUGGUGGACACCAAGUUAAACUCAGAAGACUAAAUAUCAGAUUCAUGAUAGUUUCCUUUACACAUAUCAAUUCUCUUUACGGCACCCUACAUAUAUAUAUAUAUAUAUAUCAUCCUUCCAAUGUGAGAUCGAGCUAUAUAUAUAUAUAUUAUUUAUGUAUCUAAUCUUGCAGUAUGAAAGCCAUACCACUCGGCUAGAGCAGCUCAAGCAAGCUACUAAAACCCUUCUUGAAUCCACCAAGGACGCUCCCCCUCACGUCCUGUUGUCACUGAUCGAUGCAAUUCAUCGGCUGGGAGUCGCCUACCACUUUGAGGAAGAAAUUAAAGAGGCUCUUAAUAACCUUCUUAUUUCAAU